GACGCAGAGUAGGCUACUUAGAACAAGUUCAUUAACGCAAAAGCGCACUGUCUUUUUAACAGUGGUUUAACAUCACUGGAGGACGCAAACAUGUGAAAAUUCUGGGCUCAAAGAUUUUUGUUAUGAUAUGUCUCUACAUUAUAGCUGCCUAGUAUGCCUCUGAAAGUUUUAAUUUCCAAUAAUCUGAGAAUGGAUGGUUUUAGACAACAUCUGCUGGAGUAGCUGUUGAUAAAGUCGUGAUAAUUUCAAUACAGACUCUUCAAUUUAUCCUAGGGAAGCUUCAACCUCAUCUGGCAAGGAACAGGUGCAUUAGCAAUGUCAACCGGGUCACUGAGUGAUGCUGAGGACAUCCACGAAUUACCUGUUUUACAGCUGAAUGCACAGAGUAGACGGCCCACGCGGGACAUGACAUCGGAGUCACUUAUCCACUCAAGAGAUAACUCUGAGGACGAAUUCUGCAUAGACGACAGUUACGAGGGGAAAAGCAAACGGCCGAAGACCAGCGCCAAGGGGCUGGGGAAAAACCAAUCGGAUGGCCGCCAGACUCAAAGGAACGCCGCCAACGCCAGGGAGAGGGCGCGAAUGAGAGUGCUUAGCAAAGCCUUCUCAAGACUGAAGACGAGUUUGCCGUGGGUACCGGCAGACACCAAGCUCUCCAAACUGGACACGCUGCGACUUGCCUCCAGCUACAUUUCUCAUCUGAGGCAGCUCUUGCAGGAGGACCGUUAUGAGAACAGUUUUGUGCAUCCGGUAAAUUUGACGUGGCCCUUCGUGGUCUCAGGCAGACCAGAGGACAGCAAAGAGAUCGCGACCGCUGCCAGAUUGUGUGGGGCUACUGCAUGAGUGAUGCCUGCUGGAGACAUGCUGGACUUAGUCUUCCCACAAUCGUAUUUAUCACAUUCUGUCCACCGAUGGCUGCAUUUCUUGAACUCAGUCUCAGUUUACAAACUGCUUUGAAAUCUCAAAUGUGUUACGAAUUCUAACAUAGGAAUUUGUUACUGUGACUAUUUAUACCUAAUGUUUCCAUAUGGCGACAGGUUGUCUAGACCUGCUAGAGGUUGGACUGCAUUUUUACGGACACUACUAUUUCUUUAUGUUUUUACAGUAUGUGUGUAUCUCCCAGUUGGCAAUUCAUUCUAUUGCAUUGUCAUCUCAAUGAGAGUCAAGUAAUCUCAAGCAAUAUGUUUUCAUAAGAUUAAUGUUUAUGCCAUGAUAUGUGGUACAUAUAAUGUAGCCUCUUCCAGUUGACCCACAUAAUGACAUUAUGCCUGUGACCUUUUCUGAUUAUUGACAUUUUUAAAUGAGUAUACAUUGGAGGUUUGCAAAAUUUUGUGUGACAUUGUCAAUAUCUUUUUUCCUAACUCUUAAGUCACAUUAAAAUCUUAACUGCACUCCUCAGGCUCUCACCCACUACGAAUUCUGUUGGGCUACAACUAUUUGCAUAUCUUCCACGUGGCCCUGAGAUAUACUUCGAGGUCCCAUUAUGGUGUAGCGUACUUAAGGAAGAGUGCUUCAAUACACUUGCAUUCAUUAUGGCAAUGUGAAGGAUUCAGGUUGUUAGUUUCAUUAGGCUGUUUCCCACUGAUAAGUGUGCUGAAAUAUUGAUGUUACUGUGGGAGGCCCAUAGUUAACUUAGGAAAGUUGUACUCAUUAUUUCUGUGGUUUAAGUGUGGGUCCUCUACACUAUAGCACUUAUGACAAACUGCAAAACUUCUUGUCAUUGAACUGCAGUCCCAUGUUGAGGUACAUGGAAUGUACUGUUGUGUAUCUUUUUAUUUCUGUUAAAAAUUACAUUAUAUUUUUAGGCC